AUGUCGCUCGAGCACCGCUACAAACCAUUUCUAUCAUCGCGCGCAGCGGGUCGCAAAAUGGAACCUUUCUGGAACCGCGCUGUUCCUGACCAUGUCAAGCCGCACCCAAAGCCUAUCGAUUUGGGAGCUGGACUGCCCAACGAAGGCUUGUUUCCUAUCGAGUCUGUGCAUUUGAAUGUGGUAGACUAUCCGUUUCAACACCAGGAUUAUGAUUUCCGGUCUGCCAAGCUACAUCUCAAUGCAGCGGCUACUGAUGGCAAAAAUGGCAGUGAUAAAUCCGAGAAUAAAGAUCCCAAUGCACGCGAUGAAAGGGAGCUGGUCUCCCAGAAGUUCAGAGACGGGAAGAUGGUGGACAUGUGGAGGUACGAGCCUGAAUCGUCUCAAAACAUCCCAAUCCAGUCUGGGUUCCAAUAUAACGAUACCCGUGGUCUUACUCAAAUGCUAGAUUUCUGCCACAAGUUUGUAAAAUACGCAAAUCCGCCCGCCUACGAGGAUUGGGACAUCACUUUCGCCAACGGGUCUUCCGAUUCGCUUUUCAAAAUCUUCGAAACUCUAGCAGAAGCCAAUGUCACAGUCCUGGUCGAAGAAUUCACUUUUUCACCUACCGUACACAACAUCAUUGCAACGGGCGCCACGACGGUCCCCAUGCGGCUUCAAGUGACUGCAGACUCGGAAUCCCAGGGUAUCGAUGUGGAGUAUUUGACCCAUUUGUUGGAAAACUGGUCCCAAAGCGAAUACUCGCAUUUGCCCAAGCCUCGGCUGCUGUACACUAUCCCAACAGGUCAAAAUCCAACCGGUAUGACUCUGUCCUUGAAGAAACGCAAACAGAUCUACGCGCUCGCAGAAGCGCACAACUUCAUCAUUGUCGAAGAUGACCCAUACGGGUACCUAAGAUUCCCACCUUUCGACCCAAAAUCUCCCUUCUUCAACCCGUACGAGAGCAAAGAUUUCAGCAUUGAUCAAUACAAGAACGAAAUGCUCGCAAAAUCGUUCAUAACCCUCGAUACUUCGGGCCGUGUUAUUCGGUGCGAAACUUUCUCUAAAGUUUUUUUCCCCGGUUUGAGAUUCAGUUUCAUUGUUGGUAACAAGUACCUGAUUUCCAAGAUCCUGGACUUCGAAGAUGUAUCCACUCGGGCCGCCAGCGGUGUUUCUCAAAUGAUGGUCAACAACGUUAUUCAAAAGUGGGCUCCCGAAUUCGGUUCGCCGCAGAAAGCGUGGUUGGCCUGGGUCAUGAAAGUGGCCGGUCAGUACACGCAUCGCAGAAACGUACUAUUCCAAGCACUGCAGUCUUCGGAAGCUUAUAAAAAUGGAUUGUUUUCCAUGCUUCCUGUGACCGCUGGUAUGUUUGCUGCUCUCGAAAUCAAUUUCGAUCAUUUCCCCAAAAUCGAAGACCGCUCCAAAGCCAUGCAAGAACUUUCAUACAUUCUUCUAGAAGAAGGUGUCAAAGUGGUUUUGGGAAUUAACAUGGCCGUUUCCAAAACUUUUUCGGAUCAUAGAUCUCAUUUCUUGCGAAUCACUUACGCAUAUGCUGCUGAUGACGAACAGUUGCAAGAGGCUGCUAAAAGGUUGAGCCAAGGCAUUCAAAGACUGCACGCACUGUGCUAG